GCGUAAAACCAGUGUUUUACGCCAGCCAAUCAGACCAUGCCACGUCAGAAAAAAAAAGCUCCCAGCUUAAAUCCCUCUCCAAACAACCAAAACCUCUCACGCCAGAAAACAGAAAAACCCCAAAGCUCUCACGCCAUUCCUCUAAUCGCCGGAGCAGAACGAAGAAAGAAAACCAGCUCUCACGCCAUUCCUCUGCUUCCUUCAUGCCUCCACCAUCGCCACUAAAUAGUACAGCUCGCUUAAACCCCAAAUCAGAACCAGAACAAGUUAGGCAAAAAUUUCUGGUUUCCUCUGCUUCCUCCCUCUUCCACCCUCUACUUCCUCUUGCCCAAAUCUCCACCACACCACACACCGAAGCAUACCGCCACACAAGUCACCGGAUUCGUUGCUAGAGCUUGUAAACAUGUCGGAGCCACCGUGAGCAUGGUGUUGCGAUGCAAAGGUUUGUUUGGUUACGGUGUGUUUGAUUUGAGGAAAAUCUUCUAUGUGUCCGGAAAAUUUGAAUGGUAUUGCAAAAACUUCAGUUGAAGGUUUAUUUGCUGCUGGAGAUGUACAGGAGUCUUCGAUGGCAAGGUUGAACCCGUUAGUCAUAGCAAAUGCAUUGUGCUCCACAAGUUUUGUACAGUCAUCUGUAGGACUCUUUGCCAACUGUGACAUAUCCUUCUACAUCAUCAUCUACUAUGCAUAUAUAUCCCAACCAGUCAUCAUUUAUGGAUCCAUUACAACAAUUCCAAGAAAGUUGAUGUACAAACAAGUUUUGUGUCCAAGAGAAUGGAUUGGGAAGCAAAUAUUUUUUGGUUAUAUAAUGUUUAAAUUGUGGUGGAUAGAAAUAGAACCAUCUUCUUUUUUGUAUUUACAACGUAGGGUCAUCUUUUUUGUAUAUUGAACUAUGACAGGUUUUAUUCUAGAUGAAUGUAUUCUCAAUUAGAAAUUUUCCAAAAGAAUUGUGACAAAUUUUAUAUCAAGAUGUAUGGUCAAUCAUAUGAUCUUUUAUGAAUUGAAU